ACAAUGGUUCUGCGUCGCAUGCCAUUUUGAGCGUCUUCCUGUUUUAGCGGCAACUUCCAACUGACGAACAUUACAAUAGCGCGAAAGAAAAUGAGUUCGAAAAAGGGCACGUCCGAUGGAAACGAAGCCCCCGAAGAAUACGUCGUGGAGAAAAUAAUUGACUGCCGCAUAAACAAAAACGGCGUCAAAGAGUACUUGCUUAAAUGGAUAGGUUAUGAUGACAAAGACAACACUUGGGAACCGGAAAGUAACUUAGACUGUCCGAGUUUGAUAAAAGCUUUCGAGGCGGAUCGGGCCGCCAAAGAUGCCGAACGGAGCAAAAAACGGAAAAGUACUAGCACUCCCACACCCGAUUCCAAACCCGGCAAAAAAGGCAAAGCGGACGAUAAGAAACCACACGGUUUCGAUCGAGGUUUGGAGCCGGAAAAGAUUAUCGGCGCUACGGACAGUUCUGGUCCCUUGAUGUUUCUGAUGAAGUGGGUUGGCACCGACGAGGCCGAUCUCGUUCCGGCCAAACAGGCCAACGUCAAGUGUCCUCAGGUGGUAAUCAAAUUUUAUGAGGAAAGGUUAUCCUGGACGUCGCCCAGGUACAAGGAGAAUAGUGUUUAGUGCAAAUAAAAGUAACCCCAUUUAUCGCUUCCUUUUUUACGUGUCGUGACUUUGUUAUAGAGUGAAAUAUUGUUAUUUGUGUUGUGGUUUUGCGCCACAAUGACUUUCUUCCUACCAGAUGCAUUAACCAGGAAGAUUAUUGAAUAAUAGUUAUAGUUUCGUUAUGAAGGGUGCCUUUUUUCCUAUUUUCAGAAAACUGUAUAAUUUAGUAAUAGUGAAUAGCGUAUUUUGAUUAGUAAAAUAUUAAAAUGGUAAAAAAAUGUCUUAUUUAAUUGAUAACUUAAAUCAAAAAAUGAUUUGAUAACCAAAAAUUACCUCAAGCUCGGAGACAAUUUAGAACAGGACAAAUAGGACAUUUUAGAAACUUUUAUUUAAAAAAAUAUAUUUUUGAUCAAGAAUCUAUUUGAAAUUAGAUUCAAAUUAAACAUCUAAAUUCUAUCUAUGUACCGUCAUACUGUUUAUUUAUAUUAGUCAUGUUUUAAUAAAAAAAUUUUCUAUCUUUAGCAUUAAUGAACUUGAUUUGAAGUACUUGU